UCGAACGGUAUCAUUAUAGAUUUGAGUUCAUAUUUCUUUUAAAUACGUGAAUAAGUCUAUUUUCUUCUUCUUUUCAAUUUUUGAGCGUGUGAGAUAGUAAUUUCUAAAUUGAUUUUCGCUGUAAGUGAGGUAAUACGCAAUAAAAUAAAUAAAUCAUGAAUUCGUCACAACAAUACGGAUUUUACUUAUAAAUUGGUUGCUGGCAACCGACAUAUGCUGCGUUCUCGAUUUUGGUUGCUGGAUAUCGAUCGGACACAUAUUUCAUAUUUAAGGUUAUGUUUAUUUUGUUUUUUCACACUUUUGAACUAAAUAUUAAGAAACAACCAGAAUAAGUGUCAUCAGAAUGUGGCCAGAAAUUGAGCAGGCAAAAAAUGAGAAACGAAGAGAAUUGGUACUCCACGGCUCAAAAAUAAGCAAGCGAAUUAAAGAAGAGGGCUUAGACAAUACUCUUUAUAGCCUGAUAGACUUAAAUUAUCUUAGUCUUACUGAAACAUGCUUACAGGAGAUCAGUUCUGAUUUUUCACUACUUGUUAAUUUACAGACUUUAAUUCUGCACUCCAAUAAUCUUGAGAUUUUUGAAGAAGCCUUAACUAAGCUUUCGAAAUUAAAAAUCUUAGAUGCAUCAAGAAAUAAUUUAAAGGCAUUGCCAGAUACAUUAGAUAGAUUAUCACAAAUUACCACUCUAAAUUUUUCCGGCAAUAAAUUGGAAAGCUUUCCCAGCCUGAUGAGUGUCACUAAGCUUAGUGUCCUUGAUUUAUCAUUCAACAAUUUAUCCAAUUUUCCAGGUAUUUGCCACACUAGUUUAGCAAACUUAAGUGAAAUUAAAUUGCAAGGAAAUCACAUAGAAAGUAUUCCAAACACUAUAAGUGACUUACCUGCUUUAAAAAUGUUAGAUCUGAGUGUUAAUAAGAUCCAAAGUUUACCUGGGGAGUUAGCAGACUGUCACAAAUUAAAAGAUCUCAAUCUUAAAUCAAAUCCAAUAAGUGACCGAAGGCUCUUUAAACUUAUAGAACAAUGUAGAACCAAACAAAUUAUUGAUUAUAUUAAGCAAAACUGCCCAAGAACAACAAAUAGAGGCAAUGCAUCUGAAAAGAAGGACAAAAAGGGAGCAAAAGAUCAGAACGGGGAUUCAGAAAACAACCAAGAUAUAGAAAACGAUGUCAGUUAUAAGUAUUCUAUUAUUGUCAAACAAGCAAAUGAAAAUUUUAAAGUUAUAGUAGACAGUUCAACAAAGUCUGUAAGAGAAUUCAUAAUAUGCUGUUUAAUCAAUAAUGUCAGCUUCACUGAAGAUUCAUUUAAGGAGUUUAUUAAAAUACAAAAUAAACUUCAUGAUGGUAUAUGUGAAAAAAGAAAUACUGGUACUAUAGCUACACAUGAUUUUAAAAAGUUGAAUUCCUCAAUUAUCAAAUAUACAACGUUCCCCCCAUCCGAGUUAAAAAUCAAACCCUUAAAUCGCCCCGUUGAAAUGACAGGCAUAGAACUUUUUACCAAACUGCAGAUGGAGGCCAAUAAAUUAAAAAAAGAGAAGAAGCGAAAAACAUACUCUGGAAUUUACAAGUAUCUGUAUCUCGUUGAAGGCCAACCAGCAUUUCCUUGCCUGGUUAAUGAAAAAGGAGAAGUUAUUUCAUUACCACCUAUUACUAAUGCCGACAUUACGAAGGUUGACUUAUGUACUACCCAUGUGUUUGUGGAAAUUACCAGUUCAACAUCCUUGAAUGUCUGCAAAACUAUUUUAACAGAGUUGUUAAGAGAAACUGUUAACGCUCUCGGUAAGGAUAUCGAAGUGCAACAAGUAAAGAUUUUCGAUGAUACUCAGAAAAUGAAAGUUGUGUUCCCUUCGAAAAUGGACUUAAAAUUUUCUAAUAAUGUACCUAUCAAUGUAAUCAGGGUUUAAAUCAGUUAAUAAAUAAAAUAUUGUUAA